GAGGAUUUGGGACAAGAUAUGUAUGGUAUUCCUGCAUGGUGACUUCCUUACAAGGACAAUUCUGCCAUAGAUACCUGACCCUGGCCAUUGUGAAUGCUGUAAUCAGAACCCUUAAUCAGUUCCAGGCAGGCAAACUCUUCUGUCAGAAGUCGUAACCGAAUUCUCAGUCCACACACAGGACUCGCCUGAGUGCACUCAUAGAAACUCGUUUUGCUGUCCCGUAUGUGUGUACAUGUGUGCUAAACUUUUGUUCUUUUUUUUUUCCCCUUCUGUUCUCAUUGAUUGAGUGUGCUUACAAGUCUUCAAGUGAACGAGAGAGGGUGAAUUGCAUGCAGUGGAGGUUUAUAGGUAGAUAUAGACUCAGGCUUUCAAUAUGGCCAAGUUUUUUCAUGAUUGUGCAUGGAAUUAACAGAAAAUUAGUUGAGAAGAACUUUUAAGAAACUGUCAGACCUCUGCCAUUAUGACAAUGAUAUAACAUAGAGAGACUAGAGAAACUGUCAUUGAAGUGGGACAUUGCCAAAAAUGAUGUCAAGCAGGACCAGCAUCAGAUGCUCAAGGACAAAGUCCUGUUACAGCAACAGCUCAUUAAGAAACAGGACGCCCUCGCACAAGCCAAGCGGGAAGAUGCCGAUAACGAAGCCCGAAAGCAAAAGGAGUUGGAGAAGGCAAAGAAACAGGCCAAAGAGGCAGCUUUACUUCAACAGUGUAAAAAUUCUAUAGAGGAAGACAGGAGGUCUGCCAGUAAAGAGAGAAAAUCCAAGGCCAAAGCUUCCGUCACCACCCCACCCACCCCUUCAUCCAAUGUCCCCUCCAGCCCCAUCAGAACCCCCUCCAAGUCGCGGCGAUUCCACCCCAACCUGUCGCCGGUCAGUCGUACCCCCACAAACACGGAGCUACUGGACCGCGACCCUUCAUGGAGCAUGCCCGAGGGGGAGAAGCUCCAGUGGCACCAGAAGCAGCUAUACCAGGUGCUGGGUAAAGGGGCCGACUACUUCCUGCACCCCAAGAUAGAGAAGAAGGCUGUCAAGCCCAUCAACAGCAAGCUCAGGAAGGAAGGAGGAAAACGCAGAAAGCGGGAGAGUUCCGAGAUGUCCUUUGAUUCCCUAGGUCGAGCUGGUGUGGACAGACUGUUGAAGACCCUGAGGGACGAGUCCCAGAUCAGACUGCUUAAGGCCGACGCCCACAUUCCCCAGGAGCUGAAGGACACCUUUGGAGCCUUUGUGAGGGAGAGUGUCGGCAAGGACCGCCCACCAGUCAGGAGGUUUUUCUGUCCACAAGAAGACGUUCCAGAGUUGGCUCGCCUACAAGACCAUUCAAAGACUGCUCGCGUGCGCCAUUACAAGCACAGAGUAGACCUAAUGUACCGGGCCUCCAGGAACAAUGAGGACCGCACCAACAUCCUGAUCCACAACAACCCACCCCCUGAGGUGGCUUCCCUUGAUACUGACCAGGACGGGGUGGGGCGUUACCUCCCCUCAUGGAUGGACGAUAGAGCAGAAUCUGAGCCAGAUUACAUGAAAUGGGUGAAGGAAGGAGGAAACACCCGCCGUGACCUCACCAGCCAGCCAAUCAAAGAAGACGAUGAGGACUGGCAGAAACCAGAAGAAGACUUGGGUGGCGAGGGAUUCACAGAUGAGGUCAUCCUCCAGAUGAGUCGCCGGAAACACCGUCAUCCACAGCCUAAGUACAUCUUCAUGAAGGAGGAGGACACGAAUGUCAAGGGGACCUUUACAGACAAGUUCCGAGACAUGUAUGACAACGCAGACAUCCCGCGACCAUUCAACGCGACCAAGCUGCCGACCCCCACCAAAUCCAAGUCUGUGCUGGGUCUGACGACGGAGGACUUGGUAGAGGACAGGACUUCCUGUCAGUCCGCCCCGGUCCCCGAGAGGCAUCGACGUUACUACGACUACAUCUCUCAAUGGGAGCCUCUCAGCAUGAACGCACUGAUCGAGUACACGCAGAAGAAAGAGGCGGAGGGAGUCGGAGAGUACAACCAGGGUCGACCCAAAAUGUGGUCCACGCAGGUCAAGGUCACAUGACCCGUCUGAGCCAAUGGUUGACGAUUAAAGACUAUAGCUGUGAUACAUAAAAGACUUGUGAUAUAAUGAUAAUAAUUGUGUGAAAUUAGAUUUUAUACAUAAUCAUGAUUAUAUAAUUUGUUUUUACAAAUAUAUUAUCUUUACUGAGUUUAAUUCUCUAUCUUGUUUGAAGAAAAUAUUCAGUAGAUUUUUCGACAAUAUUUAUAUAAUAAGUAUAUGUAAACUAUGGAUCUGUUUAUUUAAUGAUCAGACUUGAUUUGAUUCAGUAUUAUUUUUGAGAGUGUUGAUGAAAUGCUGUUAGUGAUAUUUGUUGAUUUAAUAACUCUAUUUUUCUUGUCCGUCCAGGUGAAUGGAUUUUUACUGU